GUCGUCAGCGCUUGGGAGGACAUCAUCCCGGUCGAAGUUGUCGGUGGCAGCGAGGACAAGCUGAACAAGCUAAUCAUUCGGACGGCCAUUCAUGUCAAGGUCAAGUGGACGGUUCUACAGCAGCUCUUCUUCUUGGACCUGCUGCAAGACAGUACAUCUAUAUACCGUGACAGCGUGGUUCAUAUCGGCAAUGCAUACGGGUUCAAUGCUUCGUCGAACGUCGACGUGUUGCGACGAUGGUGCGUGAUCCUUAUCAAGCACAACUGCCAAGAUCAUGUCCGUGUCCUCGAGACCUGCUUGGAACUACAGUGCGAGGUUGCGCACUUCUCCUCCAUAUUCUCCGCAAUGGUCGAGAGGGCACAGAGCGUGACGAGGUGGAAAUUCAUCGCGCAGGGGCUUUGGAACUCCAUUCAGCCGCGCAUACACCCCCUUGUGCAGAGUCACAUCUUCCGGAUAUUGGACAUUGGUGGUUGUAUUGGAAGCUUCUGA